CCUGCAUGUGAACUUUCACGUAACCCUGCCAGAGCGAAGUCCACACGAACAUGACACGCAUCCACUCUACUGUAGAAGAAAGUGCUACCACGAAAUGGCGCCACUGCGCGGCGAACAACAGGCAGCAUUCAGCGAACUACCGAGCUACGGCGAGGAAAAGACUGCUACUGAGUGAGAAACAAACAUCACUUUCCACCAGCGCAUAAUCCUCUCCGCUUUGGAGGCUCGUCAGCCAUUAUAUCUUUGAUCAAGGCUGACGACAACAAGAGGCAAGACACAGCAGAGUCAGGUCAUUCAUUUACCUGUGUCUCACCUCUGUCCUUUCUGAACUCCGGCUCCCAGAAGUACUUGUAGAGCAGCCGGAUCAGCCACGGCACAUCCAUGGUGAAGGUGUGGAAGCUCUCGGGGGUCAUCCAGUCCUUGCACGCGUCGAUAAUGCGCGGCAGGCUGAUGCGCGCGUCGUUGAGCCCCUGCUGACGCAGAAACCGCUCCAGCAUCGCCUCGUACUCAGCCUGCAACGCGGUGAGAUGUGGUGUGUGCAUAUGCACACACACAGAUCCAGGACUCUUAUCGUCUCAUUCACGCCUGUGUAUACCCGCCCCCACCUCAGUGUAGUUCGAUCGGAUGAGGGGCGUAAUGAGCUCCUCUUCCUCAGCAAGGUGCUGCUCGAGAGCAGGGAACCACUUCUCAAGGCUCUCACACACGUCCUCGACGAUCCGGGCCUUCCCCCGCCUGCUGGUGGUCGCCGAACGGUAUGUUCUUUCGGCUGCGAUGAUGUCGUCCAUGGUCGCCAUUAGGGUGGCGUGGGAGCAUGUGCACUGCUCGGGCAGCCUGCCGCACUUCCACUCUGCAAGAGGGGACACAGUGGCGUAACGAUAAAGUGGGAAGGAUGGUACAGGACCCAAUCGCCUACCUAGUGCAGGAAAGAAGUAGAUUUCCUCGUUGUCGUGGUGUCCAUGGAGGAAUGGAUAGAAGUAGAGCCGCCACCACUUGAAGAACCUGCCAGACAGAGAGAAACACACCAGCCAGACAGAAGAGUCCCCACUGCAAAGAGCGUCAGGAUCCCGGUUGUGAGCACCUCUCUAUGCGCCAGUCGUGGCCCAGCUUCAGGUACGGCAGCAGCUCCUCGGCCCGCCUCAUCUCCCGCCGUAGGGCCUCAUGCGGCACCAGAAAAGACAGGUCGGCGAAGUCAUUCACUGCAAAGGGACACGAGGCAUCACAAGGGACCCUGUCUUGUGUGUCUUUCGAUUCUUUUCACCCUCUUUGAUGACUCUGCUGGUCAGCUUCUCUGGGAUGGCUUUGCCGAGGGGCGGGGCGAUUCUCCCCGUGGACCUUCUGCCUCCAAAUGAAGAACGGGGCGAAUGGAACAUGACCUCGGCUGCUGGUGUCGUGUGCUCCUCCGCGCCUGACCCAGCC